CCGGGUCCUGCGCGAUAAAGACCGGGGAACGAAGAUGGCGGUGCCCACAAGUAGUCAGGUGUUGUCUUUAUACAGGCGGAUGCUGAAAGAAAGCAAGAAGUUUACCACUUACAAUUAUAGGACCUUUGCACUUCGGAGAAUUAAGGAUGCUUUUCGAGAAAACAAAAAUGUGACAAAUCCUGACGUUAUCCAGCAACUAAUAGAAACGGCUAAUGCCAAUUUAGAGAUUAUUCGCCGACAGGUACUCAUUGGCCAUUUGUAUUCCACACAAAAGCUCAUCAUUGAAAAUCAGUGAAACUGGCAUUCAAAGCUAACAUGUAUUUUCGAAAAAUAAUUUUAUCUAUCACCAUCUACUCAACUAUCUGGAAUUCAUGGUAUCUCAACCAUCAAAGAACUAAAGCUUCUUUCUCCUGCAUAUGUGACAGAUUAAAAGAUUUUCAUGACAAUGGUGUGGCAUCACUGUAAUAUGUUCAUUUAAUUGCACAGCUAAUUUAGUUAUACAGUAAUCCGCAAUAUUUUAUGAUGUUAAGGAAAUAGUACAGGUCAACAGUCUAUUAACUGUAUACAGUGUCAUAAAAUUCUAAUGCUUUGUGUUUUUUUCAGUAACGAACAGUGACAAGAUGAUGUGCUAAUGGUUAAAAAUUAAAGCUGAUUUUCUGUAUAACCAAAAAUAAACUGAAGAUAAACUCACCUACAAAAUAAA